AACUUCCCCUCAAACCAAGUAACCAACCCCCAUGAAGGUUAGCUCAGAAUCCAAAAACAGGUGGAGAAGAAAAGGCCAAAACAGAGAGAAGUUUUUUACGUACACCCUUCAAAGCAAAAACCCAGAAGAGGAAUGAAAAUACAGGAGAGAAAGAACAUUAAUAAUAAAAAGAACAAAAGGUGAUUAUUACAAAGUUUGUAUUGGGGUGUGUUCUUCACCAACCAAAAUAUAGGGUUUGUUUGGUGAGGAGGAAAGGGUAAACAUGAGGAUAUUGAAGAGGGAGAUGAUCGAAGAUGUUGCUCUGAUAGGGGGGUUGGUAGGGGUGCAAUUUGUGUAUGCUGGGAAUUCUGUAUUGCUGAGCUAUUUUAUGUCUUUGGGGCUUGACCCUCUCACCAUUGUUAUCUACUCCAGCUUUGCCUCCUUCAUCAUCCUCUCUCCCAUUGCUUACUAUUUUGAAAGGAGCAAAUGGCCAAACAAAAUCAGCCUCAAGUUUGUGAUUCAGUUGGUUUUGAUCGCCUUUGGAGGAGUAACUUUGUUCCAGGUAUUAUUUUUAAAGGGAAUCGUGCUCACUUCACCAGCAAUGGCAACAGCCAUGCCUAACCUUGCUCCAGGACUUAUAUUUGUCAUUGCUUGUACUGUUAGAUUGGAGAAAGUAAAACUUAGUUGCCUAUACAGCAAGGUGAAGAUUCUAGGCACAUUGUUGUGUGUGGUAGGCGCUCUCACAAUGAGCAUAAUGCAAAGCACCAUUUCCACCCCAGCAACAGAGAUUCAAUAUCAAGCUCAUUCUCCUGAUGUGAUCUUCGACAAGCAGAAGAUUAUUGGAUGCUUGUAUCUCCUUGCUGCCGUGUUUGUUUUGUCCAGCAAUAUUGUCUUGCAGGCUACAACAUUGGGUGAUUUUCCUGCACCUAUGUCCUUGUGUGCCAUAACAUCUUUCAUAGGGGUGUUUAUAACUGCAGCUGUACAGUUGAUUCAAGAUCACAAAAUCGAAACUGGUUGGCCCCUUGUCAGUGCUCGAGACUUGAUUGGCUUUUCUUUACUGGGAGGUACAGUGAGUGGAGCUUGCAUCAGUUUCAAUGGGUGGGCAAUGAAGAAGAGAGGGCCAGUUUUGGUGUCAAUGUUUAGCCCCAUUGGAACUGUCUGCUCAGUUGUUCUCUCAGUUAUCACCUUAGGAGAAUCUAUCAGUGUUGGAAGCCUUGCCGGUAUGUGCCUCAUGUUUACUGGGCUCUACUUUUUCCUAUGGGCAAAAGGAAAGGAAGGAUUUCCAGAUGGGGAUGACUUGGAAAGUGAGUUUGAUGCAGUGAAGCCUCUUUUAAGUUGAUAAAUUGUCUGGUUUGUAUAUAUAUUUUGGUAGACAGAUAGGAAAGUUGGAAGGAAAUCGUUUUACGGGAGUGAUAAUUUGAUAUAGACUAAUGACCCCGUACGCAAUGUGCUACUAGAUCUAUCAGAACAAUAAGAUUGAACAAGGAUUUUUGCAUAAUGCCCAAAUAUUAGUGAACUUUUCUUUGCUUAA